UACACUUUCUUUUUCCUCCCCCCUUUUCAUUUUCCCUUUUCUUUCUACAUUUUAUUUUCUCCUCGUUUUCUUCAACACGAAAAAAUCGAAAAUCCCAAAAGAAAAAAUAAAAGUUAAAAUAAAAAAAAGGAGGAAGCAUUUUGGUAGUAUAUGUCCUUUGCUUCCUCCAUUCCUAGUUUGUUGGUUUCUUUAGAUUUCUCCUAUUUUCUCUCUCUUCUUCCUCCCCCUCUCUCUCUUCAGUGAGAGAGGAGAAAACUGGGUGUGGGCCCAGCAGAUCCAAAUGCUACAACUUUGUUUUCUCUCUCCCCACCUUCUCUCAAUUCAAUCACAAAUUACCCACUCCAUUUUAUUUUUCAUGAUUUUUUCAUGAACAUUUUUCUUGAAUUUUAAGAAAUACCCACUUCAAUAAUUCAGUUAUCUUGAAUCAUAAGAAGAUAUUCGCAGCAAAUUAAUCUCAGGGGAAUAAUGCAGUGCCAGAGCUACUUUCCGGUGUAUCAUCAACGAUAUGAUCUCAACGCCGACGCUAAUGGUGGUGCUACGCCUGUUUAUAAUGGCAAUGUCACUCUUCGAAGUGGACACUACAACGAUUAUAUGCCACCUUUACCAGUUCCACCCACGCAAUUCGCUUACAAGGAAUUAAUGCGCCGGACAAUGCUCCUGCACGAGGUUGCAUUCAGGGAUCAGGUUCAAGAGUUACAUCGUAUUUAUGCAAGGCAGAAGGAACUGAUGGUCGAAAUCAAAAGCAAAGAACUGUAUACGAAUCAUUUACAAUUAGAGGGCCAAAGCUCAAAUUCAUCAUCAGCAGAAAUCUCAGCCAGAUUUGGUCAAACUACUCUUCAUAGUCUUCAAUUCGUUAAUGAGACGUCUGUCAACCCCGUUGCUCUAGGAAAUGCUGGCACUUCAACUAACCUGCAGUUUACAGAAUCCAAGGGCAAGAAAAUAAAUGGAAAGUUAUUAGAUCUUGAGCUUCCUGCUGAGAUGUACAUCGACAGUGAUGAAGACUUUGAAGAGGAAUCUUUAGAAGAUGCAGAAUUCUUAAAGGCCCCUACACCUUCUACCCUACCUUCAAGUAAAAGAUCCAAGAUCGUGGUCGAGACUUGUGUAAUGGCUUCCACGGCAAAAAGGUCAUUGGGUCCUAUUUUGCAAGGAGAGCUUUUUAGUCCUUGCUUAUUUUCAGGGACCAAAACUACUUUGGCUGACUUAAAUGAACCUCUGGCAACAUCAUAUUUGGAAGAGAGUGGUGGGGAUAAGGUAAUGAGCUCUUGCAUGGAAAUCCCGGAAAAUAAGAAUACUACAUCAGAUGGUGCCGUUGCUGAUAAACCGGCGAUAAACUCCGUUGUUCAAUCUGACAGGAUUAAAUCUGACGUUGAGGUGGUGGGUUCCGCUUCAUCUGGAAGAAAGCCUUCCUGUUUAGGGCAGAAACCUCUUGUGGUUCAAGCACUUCCCUCCCUUGACAACCAACUCUCCAACAUUAAAGGUGCUAGAAUCUGUGGCAGACGAAAAGGGCCACUGAAUAAUAACUGGUUCGAUGCUAGCCCACGGUGUAGUCCAAGUUUUAAGGUAGAGAAGUCUUUAAGAAGUAUCUGUUCUGACUCCAAGUCCAAAGAAUGCAAAACUCCUGAUGUAAAUUGCUUUGAUUUGAACUCUGCUGAGAUUUCAAAUUCAGAAUUCGCGGCUUCUGACGAUGCAUCAAAUAGCAGAAGUUCCACUGAAACUGUGAAAAAAAGCAAGAGAUGCAGAAUGAUUGAUAUCAACUUGCCAUGUGAUCCCAUGACAGAGGAUGAGAACUCAGGUCAGCUGAACUUGAACUAUUGUAUGAAUGAUGAAGGUUUAUCACCGAAGUCAUCCUCUCUGGAUAAAACUCCGUUAGAAGGUGAUUUGGAGGCACCUAUUAGCCCAGAAGUAGAGGAGCGGUCGCCACCUAGAGGAGGAGACUCUGAAGAUAAUGAUCCAGAAGAAGGUGGUGACCACUUUAUGGAACUUGCAGCCGAGGCCAUUGUUUCCAUUUCUUCAUCAAAAUAUCACGAGAGCUUAUACAAGCAAAAAUGUGAAGCUUCUGACAGUGGGAAUCUUGAAUGGUUUGCUGGGUUAAUUAGUUCCCUUUCCUUGGAUCUAGAGAAGGAUAAUUGCGGUAUUGAUGAUUUUGAGGCCAUGACACUGGAACUCCCUGAAAUGAAAGCGGAAGAAUUUAUGUGUAAAAACAAUGUCGAAAUCCCAAACGAGACUUGUUCUUCGAUGUUGUUGCCAUGCCAAACAAGAAGGGGAAGAACGAGGAGAUCAAAGAGGAAGGAUUUCCAAAGGGAAGUUCUGCCUUCUCUUGCUUCUCUAUCAAGAUACGAGGUUACAGAGGAUAUUCAGAUGAUGGAAGGGCUAAUGGAAGCUGCUGGUACUCCUUGGCAUCUAAGUAGGUCAAAGAGAGGCUGUAGAAUGGGAAGAAAACCUCGGGUGGCAAAACAGCAGAUUUUUGAUGAUGAAGGGCCACCGGAGUUGAGGACCUUCAUCAGCUGCUGGGGUAAGGUUAACAGGCGGCCUAGAGGACGAAGAAGUCCUGCUAGUUCAUCUGUUUUAUCAAAAUGGCUCGAGUAUGCUGUAUAAUUUUACAGAAGAAAUACGCGAUUUCAACUUCAAAAAUCAAAAUGUAUUUAUAUAACUCUUAUUGAUUGGAAUGACCCUCUCUAUGAUUGUUAACUUAGGAUUAUUAUUAUCAUUUAGAAGAGGAUUAUAGAGCUUUGAUAUUAUUUCCAUGUCUGAGAAUGAGAUAGAUAUGGUACUUUUGUCUACUGUCAUUUUCUAA